ACAGAUUUUCUACCUUGCCCUCGUAUACCGCUGUAUGCUUUGCGGCAAUCUUCCAGUUGGCCAGGAACCACACUUCUGGUGGCCCCGUGGUUGCAAAGACGGAUCUUCCAACCUUUCUGAAGGACCUUGGAUGUGUUGAGCAGAGGCCACAGAAGGUAGAAUGAAUUUAAGGAAGCAGAAGAUUGCCAGGGGCCAGUAAAUGAGUACUAGAGAGCCAGGAACUCAACAAUCAACAGGUUUUUCCUGAGGACCAAUGGACUUAGCCCAGCCUUGGAAGGAGAAGUUGGUACGAGGGUGUAAGUGUUGAGGAAGAGGAAGAGUGGAGUUCCUUUGCAUCCAUGUCGCUGGCCAUGAAAGCUCGGCAGAAGGUGAAACGUAAAGGACCGGCAAAAGAUCGAGUCUUUGGGUGUGACCUGGUGGAACAUCUGCAGUCAUCUGGCCAUGAUAUUCCACAGGUCCUGAAGAGCUGCACGGAGUUUGUGGAACAGCAUGGGAUCGUGGAUGGCAUCUACCGGCUGUCAGGAGUCUCUUCAAACAUCCAAAAAUUAAGACUUGAGUUCAACAAUGACCGGAAUUCUGAUCUCAACAAAGAGGUGUAUCUUCAGGACAUUCAUUGUGUGAGUUCCCUUUGCAAAGCUUACUUCCGGGAGCUGCCGAACCCUCUCCUCACCUACCAGCUGUAUGAUAAGUUUGCAGAAGCUGUGGCCAUCCAACUGGAAGAAAGCCGGCUGGAGAAAAUCAAGGAGGUGCUGAAGGAGCUGCCAUCACCACACUAUCGAACCCUUGAAUUCCUGAUGAAGCACCUUGUUCGCAUGGCGUCUUUCAGUUCCCAGACCAACAUGCAUGUGCGGAACCUGGCUAUCGUCUGGGCCCCCAACCUGCUCAGGUCCAAGGACAUUGAAGUCUGUGGUUUCAAUGGCACCGCAGCCUUCAUGGAGGUCCGUAUCCAGUCCAUUGUGGUGGAGUUCAUCUUGACCCAUGUGGAACAGAUAUUUGGAGAUGCUCCUCUAUGUGGUGGCACCCGUGAAUCCAUCAGGAAGUCCCUGCUUGCUAUGUCCCCGGUGGUCCUCCCUGAGUACUGUACUCCCUACAAUGUGCCCGCAUUGCUGAAUCGAGGGGAUGGGCCCCCCCAGAUGAGACCUUACCACACCAUCAUUGAACUCAGCGAAAGCAAAAGAAAAGGGUCCCUCAAGGCCAAAAAAUGGAAGUCUAUCUUCAACCUAGGACGAUCCAACCACGACUCCAAACGCAAGUUGAAUAAGCCAGAAGACAAAGAGGACAAACUGGGUAAGAUACGGCUGCGUCCAGCCAAAAGCAUGGACUCCCUCAGCUGUGUGCCAUCGGUUGGUGAUGAUGAUGCUCACCUGGGGACAGAGAUAUCUCCAAAACACAAGUACUUUGAUGGUCCAGUUUCACUAAACAGCAGCUUCUCCGAAUCCGGAUACGUGUCUGCCAAGAGUAAAUCUGAAGACAUACAGGAGGAAGCCACCAAGUCGGAACCCACCACCCCCAAAAUCAGCAGGUCCAGUCUUGUUGGAGGGACCUCUCAAGGACGUUCGCCCAAGAGUUCCAAGAACCGGGCUGAGAAGUGUGCCGGGGUCCAUAUCUCAGGACCCUUCUCAGUCACCGUCCCAUUCCACAUCACCUCCAACCUCACUUUGUCCCGGCUGACCAGAGGCCUGGAGUGUCCAGCACUGAGCCACUGCACCGUGGAGACUCUGGAGGCCCUUUCUUCCAAUGGAGAAGACUUUCCUCGGGGGACAGAAGACAAGGAGAAACUGAUGUCCACCCUCACUGCCAAUGAGGAAGUAGAUGAAGGAACAAACGUCGAAGCUGAAAUGGACCAUGAAGAGAGCCGGAUGUCUAUGGAAGUCGAGGACUCUUUCUCAUUCCUGGACGGUGCCGACGCCUGGAUCGACACUGUGGUGGCAGAGGAUCAGCUGCAGUCGGAGACCAAGCAACGUCCGGAGGUUCCGCCAUGUGGCUUGGAGAGCUUGCCAAGCAUGGAAGAUGAUUUGGGAAGUGGGUUUAUGCACGAGAUGAUCGCAGCUGGGAUAGAGCUGGAGAUGUAUUCUACAAUGCCACACCUGGAUUACCUGUCCAUUGAAGAAUGCAUGAAUGAGCAUUCAGAAGGAGAAGAUGACCAAUACUAUCUCGCCAUGGGGUUCAUUGAGGAAGAGCCAUCUAAGGAGGUUGAUGUUGAGGAGAUCUAUCUGAGCGCUUUUGAUGACCUCAGCCCCUUAGCAAGCAAACUAGAACAUCUUCAGCAAUCUGAUGGACAUCAAACUCCUCACAUCCCCCCUCCAAAACUCACAGUGGAAGAUCAGACCUUCAGGACGGCUUCAGAAACCUUGGUUGAAGAUCCAAAGAGCUCACAUUUACCUGAACCUGGCCUGGAACCUCGGCAAGGUGUCUUCUCAACUUGUGACUUAGUAACCAAGGGCCUGGAUCCAAAAUUAGCCAAGCCACAUGAAAUGGAAUUGGAUUCCAGAAGCAACACCAAUGAGGUGGAAAGCCACCUGACUGACAAAGCUGAGAUAGAACCCAUUUUUUCAAUGCUGCAAAUCGAAGAUGCAAAUGUUGGAAGUGAGGUUGGUCUCUUUGUCCAUAAAACUGGAUGUCCUGAAGAAGUUGCUUACCUAAAAACUCUGGAUUCAGAAUCUGGGGGGAAAAAUGGCGAGGAUAAUAAGGUAGAACCCAUUAUUUCAUCGUUGCAGAUAGAAGAUAGAAAUGUUGGAAAUAGAGUGGAUCUCUUUGUCCCAAAAACUGGACUUCCUGAAAAAGUUAUCUUCCAAAUACCUCGGGAUCCAGAGUCUGAAAACCAACCAAUCAAAUCAAGUAUUGAAGAGAAGUGGCAACCUCAGAACACACCUAAAAUUGAACACACUUCACAUCUUCCUUGCAGCAUGAGAGCAGAAGUUCCUCCAGAGGUGAUUGGAAGAUGUAACAAACCCUUAGGUGACACACUUGUGGUUCAAGAGACAGGAGAAAUGCAUCAUGGAGAUGCUGCCCAAGCUGUUUCAUCUGUGGAGGAACUCAACUUUCUUCAGAGUUUGAUUCCUUCUUUACUGGAUAAUAAUUCUGAGAAUAUAAACUUCCCAGCACCAAAUCCAGAGCAUAUCUCUUCUUAUUCUUCUUCUGUAUCUUUGUCUGACAGUUGCAUGGACUCUGAAGACUUCUCCCUCACAGCCUCUCCUCCAAACCCUGGCCUAGAAAGUCUUCUGCAGAAACCUCAGGCUGGAUUGCCAGUGGAAGCUUCCUAUGCUCCAAAGCACGAACUCUGGGAUGGAAGCGUCCACAUGAAGUUGGCAUCUAUUACUCCCCGAGUUCAGCAAGUGAAAUCGUUCCCAGUGGUGCCCCCAAAGCCCCAGUUUGCCAAGUUGCCUCCUUCCUUAAAGCCAAUGAUUCCCAGCAAGGAACAUCUCAACCCUGUCCUAGUUAAGACCAGUGAGAAUGGGAACAAGCAGGAAUUCAGCCAAAGCUCUUUGAAAAGGCCUUUCCACCUGACCAGCUUGGACCAAAAGAUGGAACAUUUUCCAACAUCUCCUAGCGGCCCAUCCAGCUCUUCUGAGAAUUGGUGCAGCAAUUCAAACGUCCUCCCAAAGCAACGCAAUUCCAUGCCUGUGAGCUUGGAGAAGUUCAGCAAGGACUGUAAGAACGUGGAGGACAUCACCCCAAAGCCACCGCCUUCUUCACGGGACAAAUGUUUUUCGUGGACCAAGAGUGGAGAGGUUGGAGGCAGCAGCCUUCAUCUCAUGAAGGGCUUCCAACCAGGAAGUUUAGAGAAACAGAACAGCGGCCAACACGACGAAGGGAAAGGAUAUCUCCCUGGAACACAGAGAUCCACCAAGGAGGGUUUGGAGGUCACGCCCCAGAAGCAGCGCUGGAGCAACUGGCGCUACAGUGGAAGCAUGUCGUUCGACGAGGCCGUGGCUCUCGCCAAGGAGAGGCACGUGGCCCAGGCUCCCAUGCAGAGAAUGCACACCUACUCCUAUGGUGACGUGGAUGGUUCACAGGGAGGAUCCCGAAUGGAGAAGACUGCUCCUGCCCACAAGCCUGUCCUGACGUCUCCUCAAAGGCCGCUAAGUUGCAUAAGCCCAGCUGGACCUCCAGAAGCUCAUCUUCUGGGAAAGAUGCUUUGUCCUCCAGACUUGCCUGACAGCAUCCCGGGACGGGAAGGGUCUUCUUUCUCUGAGGACUUUCCUCUGAGGAACAGAGUCAGCUUAUCCAAGAUUGGACGGCGCUUAUCCGUGUCUGACGAAGCCUGCUUUGGAUUGUCCCACGAGCAGAGGUGACUGGUGAGCCCCAUCUGUCCUCCUGUGGGGCCAAUCCGGGCCACCCUGCCUUGGUGGGGGCUCCCACCUUGACACAUCACACCUUUGAACUUCCAGAGAUGUUGGCUGAAAUCAAAGCUGAGAUCUGUCCAAUCCAGCCUUCCUCAAGCCCUGGGGCCCAAAGGGUGUCUCCUCUUCAACCAACAAAAAUAAUAUGAUAAUAAGGGGUCAAAGAAAACUAGAAUACCAAGGUCAAAUUUAUCUUUUACUGGUAUUAAAAUAUCGACAAAUCCUGAUCUAUAAAAGAGCAUUAUAAAGUGCCCUUGUUUAGUGACUCUUUGCAGACACUAAAGUAAUGGGUAGAAAUUUAUCAAAGACAGAUCCAGUCUAGAACUAAGGAUCAAUUUCCUGACAAUGGGAACAAUCAACCAGUGGGACGGCUUGCCUCCAGAAGCUGUGGAUGCUCCAUCACUGGAAGUUUUCAAGAAGAGAUUGGAAGACAUUUAAC